ACGAUUCAUCAAUCGUUACGCAGCACGAACUGAAAGGAGGUCCCGUGGCCAGUGACGGCAGUGCUGUGCAAUCCGCGACAAUGGUAACGGUCACGGCCGCGCCCGUGACGAAUGCGACUGGACUCAAGCCGAAACAAAACAUUAUUCCCGUCCAUGUCAUUGCGAAAGCGCGUGAAAAUUCUCGCAGUCCGAUCAUGGCGAAUGCGACGGGAGGAACAGCUGGUGGAGCUGGUCCCGGUGUGUCUUCGCCCGGUACUGGUGGUGCGCGCAUCGUACCCCAGCUGUCACCACUCUCCCAACCGAACGAACUCACCCUGAACACCAUGAAUGUGUCCCAGCAGGUCCGCUCGAUCAUGUCCUCAAUCAAUGUGACCACAAGCAGCGCCGCGGCACCAACAAGCGUCGGAGGCGGUGGAUCUUCCUUCUUUACCACCUCGACGUUAGGUACGGUGGUACCAAUUUCAUCGCUCACCAACGCGACCAGCGUAUCGGCGUCCAACAUUUCGACGAUAACCUUUGACACCGUAUCGAUGUCGCCAUCGCCAUCGUCCAAGGGUCACCAGGACAACAUGAGUAAAACGGAAACGAUCGCAAGCAUCCUAAAAACGGUUUCCGGUAAAACCAUCCUACCGGCAUCGGCUAUCGCGAGCAACUCGAACCUAGCGAAGGUCGUAUCGGAGGCAACGACGGCAUCGAGCGUUGCGUCCGGUGCAACGCACACGGCCACCGCAACGAUCGCCGGUACCAAGCUCCAACUGAGCCGUCUCCCGAGCCAGGGUGGCCAAGGAAACAGUAAUGUAUUUCUGUUCAAACAGGUGCGUGCACCGAACAGUAAGCAAAACGUUGCCCAUAGUCUGACACAGAAACAGCUCGUAGUACUAACAAGCUCACAGGCAGGACAAGGUGGACCACAACAGAUAAAAAUACAGCAGCAGCAGCAGCAGCAACACCAGCAACCGAUAACGGUCACCAGCGCUGUUGGCGGUGGAACGGGCGGCAGUGGAGGAAACUUCCUAAAGUUGGCCAGCGGCCCAACCGUCGUCACCACCGGAAGCUCUUCAAUUGCCAGCAGCAGCAGCGGCACAUCGGCUUCAAUGUCUGUAAUCGAACCGGGAUCGACGAUGGCCGGAACGCCGCAGCAAAUCAUCUGCACCAAUCAGGCCACCGGCCAGACAAGGAUCGUCAGCCUAGGCACAGUCGUUGGCACGACGAGCGAUGGUACGAAGUCCAUCCUAAUGACACCGAACCGGCCGGCCGUGACCGCGGCUACAUCCAGCGUGGUCGUAAGCGUCACUUCGGCUAGCCCCAUCACGACCAGCAUCCUCAGUGCGACGCUGUCACAGCCGCUGCUCAAGAGCAGCAUUAGCAGCGCUAGCAAUUCGACGAACAACACCAUGAGCACACUGCUCCAGAACCAACUCCAGAGUGUGACCUCCUUCCGUCGGUCGAAAUCCACCGAUGAACCACCGCUCCAUCAUCAGCUGCACGGUCGUGAACCGGUGGCGACGCACGUGCUCAGCAAACGGUUAAGCCUCGAAGCAACGAAUGCAACACAACAAUCGACCGCAGUGGUGGCCACUAUCAUCAAGAGUGAACCGGUUGACAGCAUGACGGAUGACGCGAGCGUAAGCUCCUCUUCCACCCUGGCGGUAGCUAAACCGUCGGAUACUGUCGGUGGUGGUUGUAAGUUCUCUACCAUGAGCCCAUCUGUAAGCGGUGGCACCAGCAGCAGCAGCACCGGUGGUAGUACCGGUUCUGGGGUCGGCAAAUCCGAAGAAUCGCAAAAUGUGCUGCUGAAACAGUUGCUGCAGAAUACGUCCGGGUCAAGUUCUUCGGUGGCCUCACCGGCACCCUCACCGAUCGGCCGAUCGGUCGUUCCGGGGCUCAUGACGAAUCAACGGGCACCGAGCUUGGGUGUAGUGAGUUCGCUCGAGGCACAGCUCGCGCGCCCCGUCAUUCCACCGUCGGCCAAUCCACCGACCGCUAUUCACCAGAUCAUCAGCGCUGCCCAUCCUCCUCCUUCCCUUGCUUCGGUGGCAAACGUUACCAUUACGGCGGCAUCCAGCUCCUCUACGUCAUCGUCGGUCGCAACCGCACCCAGCUCUUCGGUCGCUACGCUAACCAGCACUGCACCGUUACCUUCUUCCACGACUAUGGCCAGUGCUGUUACUGUUCCAGCUGCUACCACAGCUACCACAGGCCAAUCAUCGACGGUGGUUGUUGUAAGCAUGGCUGCUCCAACACCAACCUCAUCCAGCACCACCAGCAAUAGCGGUAUCACCUCUGCAACUUCCGCCACGCUAGCAGAAUCAUCGGCCAGCUCCUCAACCGGCACGAUGGCAGCUUCAUCGAACAAGGCGAAGCUGCUCAUUUCGAGGGAAACCUCAUUUGUCUCGAAACCUCCGUCCAACCUUGCGAGCCAUCCGACACCGAACCUGGCAGCAAAUAUGCUAGCCGCCACCAUCAAGAAGGAAGAGAUGCUACAAGCGGCCGCUGCAGCCGCCUCGACCACUGUAGUAACGGUCGGAACUGGUAGCGGUCCCACGAUCGCCUCAUCCGGAGCUCAGCCACCGGCGCUGAAACUGGAACCGGCAAUUGCGCAAUCCAACGUGCAGGGUGCAUCACUCAGCCUGGGGAGCAGCCAAACGACGGCAGCUGCAGCAACGACAACUGUACCAACGGCUACCGUAGAGGCCACAGAUACGACGGAUGUCGGCCUCGCAACACCAGCGGUGCUGAAAACGAACCUCGGUAACGAUCAGCAGCGACGCGUGACGCCCAGUCCGGUCGCUGAGACUGCUGGCGGUACCAGGCCGACCACACCGUUGUCGUCAUCGUCACCAGCGCCACCAUCGCGACCCGGUUCGGCUUCCCUCCGUAUCGAUGCAGUAGGUGGUGUAGAGACAAAGGUGGUAACCACGGCACUGGCUAGUACCAGCCCGGUAACAACCAUCAGCAGCAGCAGCAGCAGUACCAUCAACUCCUCUUCGUCCGUAACGACCGGAGUUCCAUCAUCAUCGAUGGGGCCACCGCCAUCUCAGACACCACCGAUCGGACCGAAUGCAUCGCCGUUGCCUGGCAACGAUUCAGCAACGACUACUGCUACAGCGACACCGUCUAGCAACACCCCGACGACCCCGAUUAGCGCCACUGGCAGCAGCAUCAACAGUGGUGGCAAUGGAUCGUCAACGGGCAUGACGACUGCCGCCACCAUCAAGGAGGAACCGGGUGUUGUCACCGGAGAGGUGGCCGUGCCCGCACUGGCCGCCAGUAGUGAAACUCCGCCACCGGCAAAAACCCCGGCCGAGAUAGCGCUGGAACUGAAGAAGAAAAAACGACGCGAGUACCAGAAAAACCGUCGCCAGAUGCAGAUCCAGUCGAUCAAGGAGGGUCAGCAGUUACAGCAGCUGCAGCAGCAGCACGGUGGCAGCGGCAAUUUGGGGGGUGUUGGCGGUGUCGGUGGCAGCGGUACGGGCACUGGCGCCUCUGCCGUUGGCCCAGGAGGAGGAGGCAGCGGUGGUGGUGGACAGACGAAAAAGAAAGCCCGCAAAUCGACAAAGGUAGAGGAGGAUUACGAUACCUGUAUCGACAAUAUAAUGGGCCAGCUGCGCCUGUUGCCACCGAUGCAGAUCCUGGAACCGCAGCUACCCCGGAACCACGCCGUGUGCCCCCUGUUCGGGACGGGCGAGCUGUCACGGUUCACCUUGCUGAAGUCAUACUCGAUCGCUAGCGGCGAUCUGACCGGUUGCUACGGUGCCGGCCAGCUGCCCUCGGUGCUCGACUUCUACAACACGAGCCCGUUCGGUGUGAAGGAACCACCACCGAAAGCGGCGGCACCGGCCACGGCCCAGACCCAGCGCGGCUUCUAUGAUCAAGAGUUUCCACCGAUCAAGUUCGAGACGGAGGAACGGCAGCGGUACGAGUUUACGACGGGGCGUGGUGGUACGACGGCGGCGGAUCGUGAUCUUGAUUCACCCGAUACGAUCGUCAGCACGUCGAGCCCGGAAUGUCACCGGUGGGACGCCUCACCGAUCGGAUUUCCCGGCUUGCGGCUCAUCAAGGAGGAACCCGAGGAUGACGAGGACGAUCCGAUGACCGUGUACGGGCGCAUGUCACCGGUCGUACCGAUUCUCACCCCGGUACCGAUUCGGUUGCGCAAAGGCGGUGCCGUUACGCUGCUCACCGAUGGAUCGACGCGCGUGUCACGCCCGAUAAACGCUGCCUCGCGUCAGGACAGUAGCGACAAGGAGAACGAAGGUGGCGCUGGCGGCUAUAAGCGUCCAUCGACAGCAGCGCCCAUGAUGGGUCCUAAUCGGCCCAAGGAUGGCAGUAACGUGACGGUAACGCUCACGCUUACUUCUUCGGCCGCCGAAGACAUCCUAGGGGUACUGCGUGAUCUCGCUAACAUACUGGAGAUACCGCCACCGACCGCAUACCAGAUUGUGGAGCGAACGGCCACACCCACCAGCCAAAAGCUGGGUCUGUAUCGGGCGAAGGGCCGGGACGGUAAGGAAGGGGCACCGAUCGACAUCCAAACGAUCCUGAACGGAAUGGCACGCUUCUGCCGCCACUGUGACGUGGUGAUCCUGAGCAACAUCAUCAUCGCGAAGGCAGCCGAGUUUCCGCCCCUACUGGCAGCCCGUGAUGGACCACGCGAUGACGACGCGGCUGCGGGGCUGGAGUCCGAUGAGUUGUACUUCUGUAGCGAGCAAUGCUACCGUCAGUUCAAGUGGACUCCCACCAACGUGCUGGAUGUGGAUGCGGACGAACGUACGCCGCUAACCGCCGCGGCCGCCGCCAAGUCGGCUGGUUCCGUCGUCUCCGUCGAGGAUGGUGAUGGAACCGCAGUGAAACCGACGACCGGUGGUGAGGACGCUGUGACAAUCAAGCAGGAGGUAAACGACGAGGAAAUGAUGAUAGUGGAUGCAAUGGGUGGCAGUGGCGAUGGAUCGGCUGGUAGCGAUCGGAAGACUUCUCGUAAACAUCCUCUCGGCAGUAGU